AUGAAGGCAGCAAAUCUGAACAUCUGGGCUUGCAUGCCCGCCUUGCUAUUGGCAGCAACCCUAAAUGUGGGCUCUGGAGAAACGUACAGCACAGUCACGUACAAUGCAGCAGUAGCCGGCGAUACCAUCUAUGUCUACCCCGGCACCUACAAAGAAAAGCUCACCAUUAGCAAAAGUUCCAUCACGUUGAAAGGCUCGACAUACCCCAGCACAAGCCCCUCUGGAAAUGAAGCCCUCAUGACUUACUCCACCUACGCCUCAGACGCCGGAAGCGACGACGCAUCAGGUCCGUUCCGUCCCCUCUUCCCCCUAACACAAACUAACGCCUCGCUCCUCCCAGCAACUCUCCUCGUCACAGGCGACAACUUCAUCAUGUAUAACAUGAACAUCAGCAACACGGCCGGCACAGCGGGCCAAGCCGUCGCGCUGUCUGCACGAGGAGAUUAUGGCGGCUUUUAUGCGAGUGCGUUGUUGGGUUGGCAGGAUACGCUGUAUGCGCAUACUGGGAGCCAGUUUUUCGGGAGGUGUUAUAUCGAGGGGGCUGUGGAUUUCAUUUUUGGGAUUACGGGGCAAUCUUGGAAACUUGUGCUAGGGGCGAAUGCUGCAAGUGGGACGAAGGGGUCGGUGUUUUUGGGGAGGCCUUGGGGUGACUAUGCAAGAGUCAUUUUUCAAAAUAGCAAUUUGGAGAAUAUGAUUACUGCUGUUGGCUGGGAAGCUUGGGAUUCCUCACAAUCGACGUCCAACAUCCUUUUUGGUGAGUUUGACAACACCAAUGCUGCCGGAACGAGAGUAUCGUGGGCAAAAGCCUUGACGAGUGAGGAGGGUAUUGCAACUAUUCUACCAACGUAUUCAAGUUGGGUUGACAGUACGUAUUUGGGAGUCAGUGCUCCAUGA